AUGGCGCAGCAAGAAAAUCAACUGGACAGAGAAAGAUUCUGCUGUUCGAUCUGUCUGGAUCCGCUGAAGGAUCCGGUGACUACUGUCUGUGGACACAGCUACUGUAAGAGCUGUAUUAACACCCACUGGGACAAAGAGGAGGAGAGAGGAAGCUACAGCUGUCCUCAGUGUAGACAGACCUUCACACCGAGGCCUGUCCUGCUGAAAAACACCAUGUUAGCUGAUUUAGUGGAGGAGCUGAAGAAGACUGGACUCCAAGCUGCUCCUGCUGAUCACUGCUAUGCUGGACCUGAAGAUGUGGCCUGUGAUGUCUGCACUGGGAGAAAACUGAAAGCUCUCAAGUCCUGUUUGGAUUGUUUAGCCUCUUAUUGUGAAAAACACCUCCAGCCUCAUCAUCAGUCAGCUGCAUUUAAGAAGCACAAGCUGGUGGAGCCCUCGGAGAAGCUCCAGGAGAACAUCUGCUCUCGUCACGACGAAGUGAUGAAGAUGUUCUGCCGCACUGAUCAGCAGUGUAUCUGUUAUAUCUGCUCUGUGGAGGAACAUAAAGGCCACGACACAGUUACAGCUGCAGCAGAAAGGACUGAGAGGCAGAGAGAGCUCGGGCUGAGGAGACAAACGAUCCAGCAGAGAGUCCAGGACACAGAGAAAGACGUGAAACUGCUUCAACAGGAGGAGGAGGCCCUCAAUGGCUCUGCUGAUAAAGCAGUGGAGGACAGUGAGGAGAUCUUCACUGAGAUGAUCCGUCUGCUGGAGAAAAGAAGCUCUGAUGUGAAGCAGCAGAUCAGAUCCCAGCAGGAAACUGAAGUGAGUCGAGUCAGAGAGCUUCAGGAGAGACUGGAGCAGGAGAUCACUGAGCUGAAGAGGAAAGACCAUGAACUGAAGCAGCUCUCAGACACAGAGGAUCACAACCAGCUUCUACACAACUACCCCUCACUGUCACCACUCAGUGAAUCUACACACUCAUCCAGCAUCAGGAUCCGUCCUCUGAGGGACUUUGAGGAGGUUACAGCAGCUGUGUCACAGGUCAGAGGUCGACUACAGGACAUUCUGAGUGAGACAGAGACAGAGAUUUUUCAGAUUGUGUCUCAAGUGGAUGUUUUACCGCAUCAACCAGAGCCAGAGACCAAAGCUGACUUCUUAAAAUAUUCACAGGAAAUUACACUGGAUCCAAACACAGCACACAAACGUCUGUUAUUAUCUGAGGGAAACAGAAAAGUAACACUAAUGAGAGGAGAACAGUCUUAUUCUAAUCACCCAGACAGAUUCACUGCUUGGUGUCAGGUCCUGAGUAGAAAGAGUCUGACUGGACGUUGUUACUGGGAGGUGGAGGUGGGGGGGGAGGGGGUAGGAGAAGUUCGUGUAGCAGUCACAUACAAGAAUAUCAGCAGAGCAGGAAACUCACAUGAAUGUCUAUUUGGAUCCAAUGAUAAAUCUUGGUCAUUAUCUCGUCUUGGAAACAGCUAUAACUUUUAUUACAACAGCAUCAGUACUCCAGUGUCAGGUCCUGUGUCCUCCAGAGUCGGAGUGUACCUGGAUCACAGUGCAGGUGUUCUGUCCUUCUACAGAGUCUCUGACACCAUGACUCUCCUCCAUAGAGUCCAGACCACAUUCACUCAGCCUCUCUAUGCUGGAGCUGGGGGUCAUUAUUAUGGAUCCACAGCUGAGUUCUGUAAACUCAAAUAGACUCAAGUCAUUAAAAGCAGUGAUUUAGAUUCUGUGUGUAAAUCUUUAACUUCUUUUGUCUCCAUGUUUGUUGAUCAAAGUUCGUCGUGGUGACGUUUCUGCUCCGCACAGAGAUCAGCUGUCAAUCAAACACUGACCUUCCUUUAUCACACAUAUUUAGUUCUCACUUUGUAAAGACAGAAAUCUAUAAUUACACUGACAUGAAUGUGUUUGAAAGAGCUAAUGUUGCUGUUGUUUUCUACAUCAAAGUAAAAGUAAGGUUCUGUGAUGUUUUAGAAUCUGUAUCGAUCUUGAUUAGUGUUGCAAAGGGGUGGAACAUUUCCGGAAACUUUCUGGAAACUUUCCACGGGAAGUUAAGCCCAGGAAUUUGGGAAAUGUUGAAUCUUUUUUUUGCAAAAGUUAGCCUAUAACAGGGAACUUAAAGGAAGUUGAAAACAAGGCAAGCCAAGCUCAGCUGGAGCCUGGAUGCAGCUAGUUGGGAACAUUGUUUGCCAGAAAAGUAAACCUAUGACUUUAUGUUGUUGUUGAAUGUCUUUGUCAUUACCUAGCAUGUUGAUUACUUGUUACACUGAAGCCAUGUUCAUGUUAAUACCAAGUUCAUUUGUAUGCAGUCGGCUAUUUUUUUACAGCAGUGAGAAUAGGAUGUAUGUACAGUUGCAAUCAGAAUAAUCCUUACAGAUUCAAUAGGGCCUCUCAUCAUUCGGUGCUCGGGCCCUAAUGAAAGCCCUGGUACAAGUACAUCAAAAUAAAAAUGUGGAAUAUGGCCAAAAUGGCCACUAAAUGCAAAAUAGCAGGCUUCCUGUGGCGUUUUUCCAAUUGCAACUUUUUUGUUUGUCUUGUCAUGAUACACCUUUGUAUUGAUUUUUGUGAAGAUCGGUCAGUGUGAACACGUUCCGGGGAUCUCGGGAGGCACCGUUGAGCCAUUUUGCGACUCCCAUUGAAAAUUUCUCCAGUAUACGUAAAUUUUCACCACUUUCUAACUUUCUGCAAAUUUUGGUAAGAAUUUGAGCAUGGUAAAGCCCUCAAAAAGCCAAUUCAUUUGCCUGAAUAAUAAUAAUAAUAACAAGAGAAAGAGUUGGAAGAAGAGGAUAAAGAAAGAGAUAAAGUGCAGUCUGGACCUUCUGAGGCUGGAAUUCAGGAAGCAUGAUGUAGGUGGCGCCCACCCAGAGCGGCCACAGCAGCUUGUUAACGAUGCCAUGCAAGUGGUGGAGCGGCAAGGUGUGGAGGAUGACAUCAUCCCUGGUCCACACCCAUUCUGACACCAGACACUGUACCUGAGGGGGGAGGAAAGAAAAGAGGGGUGAAGGAUCAGACUAUUUUAUCAUCUUCAGAAUAAAUCAUCUCAACCUGGUCCCAGUGUUGUAAACAUGAUGAUCUCCCUCUUGUCCUCAGUUGGGACACCUCAAGAUUAAAGAAAUUAUUCCUGUUCCUCACCAGUGUACUAGGACCCUCUGGUCGUAGGUAACUUGUUGUAUGUUAUGGUAGGUUUUUAUAGAUAGUACAAUAGAUUUAAUCUUGUCCUUGAGGAGGAUGAAUUUAAGAAAAGCAUCAUGCGUAAGUCUUCUGAUGAAGUUUAUUUGCUUCACUUUCUGUGUCUCAUGUCCUUCUAAUUUCCCAAUUUUGAAAGAAUGACUUCUGAAAUUCCCAGAAUUCAAUGAAUAAAGACAUUAAAUCGAUAAGUGAAAUAAUCUAACCACACUAUGGUCUAAUAUCACUCCUGUCAGACAAGACAUAUAUAUGUAAUAUAUUUCCCUCUAUGUGGUAUGUAAACUUAUAGAUAAAAUGAAGUACCGUUUAAUUUUCAUGUAUGGAAACUAUAAUUGUGGCUGCUCAUGAUGUCACACCAUCAUGAUUUUAGUAGUUAACAGAAAUAAAAAGAAUAAAUAUAAAUGACUCCCAGUGUGGGAGGCACGCUACCCUGUUUCAAGAUACAUUUUUUAGAAUACAAUCACCAGAAGUAAAAAGUAAUUAAUAAACUGUGACUGAGGAAAACCAGCUUGAUGAAGUUGUAUACACCCAGCAAGCUUAUUCUUAUUUAUUCACUAGUUAGCAGCUGCAUUCUUUAAAGGAUCCAUAUUUAAAAAUUUAAAGCUUUUUCUCUAAACCAAAUCAAAUUCAAAAAUGUGGCAGUGGCUGAUGCAUGUUUUGUCAUAGAAUAAAAAAAAAGAAAAUGCUCUGAGGUUAAUCACAGACUUUAUUUCCAGGAUUGAACCAAAAACUCAACUUCUUCAGGAUGAGUGAACCAGAGUAACUUAUUUCCAGGUUUCAGGUCUGAUUCCUGCAGUACUCUGCUACGUUUCCCAUGUUCCUUGAUACAAAGUAUCUUUACCAUGUGAGACUGUUAUUUUGCUGUGAUGCAUAAAAUGUGGAAUUGAAUGGAUUUUUUUUGGUUGACAGUUAUAUUUAGUCACAUACAAGACUGUGAAAUGUAUUUAA